CUUCUCCAAAUCUGAAAGCUCCGUAUAUAGUCGAGACCUGGAACAAUCAAAAGUAAAGCUCAGAAAGCAUCUCGAUCCCCUCAAAACAGUUUUCCCAGGAGAUCUUUUGAUCCUCUUGGGAAUUAAUUGACAUCAUGCAGACCACACCCUCUUCCAUUAAUCAGCACCUUCCUGUCCCAAGAAGUUCUACAAAAACCAGAAGCCUCCUAAUCCCCAACAAUCAGAAGAUUGCCGUCAAGUCAGAGCAUCAUCAUCCAGCAAAGAGCAACGGUGCAGCCACAGCCACUCGGCGGCUGGCUGAAUCUCUCUCGGGCCUUCUCCGUGUACAUAUAGAGACCCCGCUACGUAAAGAACUUCACCAAAUAGAUUGGAGUUGCCUAGACCACAGCGAUCGGACUACUCCGACAUCAUCCCCUAAAGAAGACAUAUCAGAGAAAUGGUGUGAACUCCAUGGAUUGACCGACUGGGACAAUCUGUUAGACCCACUCCACCCCUGGCUCCGGCGAGAGAUCAUAAAGUAUGGCGAAUUUUCUCAGGCCACAUAUGAUGCAUUCGACUUUGACUCUUUCUCUGAGUACUGUGGGAGCUGCAGAUACAAUCCCAAAAGGUUCUUUGAGAAGCUAGGACUUGGCAAGAAUGGGUACGUGAUGAGCAAGUACAUCUACGCCAUGUCUCACAUUGACAUGCCUCGCUGGCUCCAGAGGUCAAAUUUGGUGGAGGAAACAUGGAGCAAGGAUUCAAAUUGGAUGGGGUUUGUUGCAGUCAGUAACGGGGAAGAAUCACGCAGGAUAGGAAGAAGAGAUAUCGUGGUGGCAUGGCGUGGGACUGUGGCACCCUCCGAGUGGUAUGAGGAUUUGCAGAGGAAACUAGAGCCAAUUGGAGAUGGGGAUGUGAGAGUUGAACAUGGAUUCCUCAGCAUCUACACUUCCAAGUGUGACACCACUAGAUAUAACAAGUCAAGCGCAUCAGAACAAGUGAUGAAAGAAGUUAGAAGAUUGGUUAGCUUCUAUAGAGAAAGAGGUGAAGAAGUGAGCCUUACCAUCACCGGCCAUAGCCUCGGCGGUGCUUUAGGUCUCCUCAAUGCUUAUGAAGCUGCCUCCUCUCUCCCUGGCCUCCCCAUCAGUGUCAUCUCUUUCGGUGCACCAAGAGUAGGGAACGUUGCUUUCAGAGAGAAGCUUCAGCAGAUGGGAGUGAAAACGCUGCGGGUGGUGGUGAAGCAAGAUGUAGUCCCAAAGAUGCCUGGACUUAUGCUUAAUGAGGGUUUGGAAAGGUUUGAUGAUUUCACAGGGCCAUUGGAGUGGGUCUACACACAUGUAGGAGCUGAACUGAGACUUGAUGUAAGCUCAUCACCCUACCUCAAGCGUGGGCUGGAUUUGCUUGGUUUCCACAGCCAGGAGACCUACCUACAUCUCGUAGAUGGCUUCCUGAGUUCUGCCUCAACAUUCAGGUCGGAUGCUCGGAGGGAUAUUGCGCUGGUAAACAAAGCCUGUGGGUUGUUGGUGGAUGAGCUGAGAAUCCCUCACUGCUGGUACCAAUUGGCUAACAAGGGACUAGUUCUCAACUCUUAUGGAAGAUGGGUUAAACCCAAGAGGGACCCUGAAGACAUACCCUCACCUUCAAGAGAAGCUCCUAGCCAUCAGCAAGUUUUUGGUGAGGUGCCUACAAGCAAUUAUGAAGGGACUGAAGGAUCUACUCCCUUCUUUCAAUUUUCUAUGGAUUCUAUUUCUCUAUACAUUUAAUUCGAUCCCCAUUAAUUGUAAAUGAUUGUAAUAGUUUUUCAAGGCAAAAGCUAUAUUGAAUUCUCCCAUAUUCAUUCACUAGUCAAAUUAA